UCAAGGUUUCCUGCAUCUUUACUAUCGAUUAUGUUCAUCCUGCUUCUAAGCUUUCUGCAUCUCUCAAUCAUGUUGGGGAAGAAUGAAUGCGGCUUCUCUCUCUCGAUGUUUGCCCUACUUGGAUAAAGGAGUAUUUUUUCUAAUGUCUACUGUGGGAAACUCAACUAAUAUUUUCUGGCACGAAUGCCCUGUCGGGAAGGCUGACAGGCAAAAAAUGCUUAAUCAACAGGGAUGCAUUGUAUGGAUUACCGGUUUGAGUGGAUCAGGUAAAAGCACCCUAGCAUGCUCACUGGGUAGAACAUUGCACUCUCGGGGGAAACUUUCAUAUGUUCUUGAUGGGGAUAACCUUAGGCAUGGUCUAAACAAAAAUCUAGGUUUUUCACCAGAGGACCGGACUGAAAAUAUACGCAGGGUUGGGGAAGUUGCGAAGCUCUUUGCUGAUGCUGGGUUAAUCUGCAUUGCUAGCUUGAUAUCUCCUUAUUGUAAAGACCGUGAUGCUUGUCGUGCAUUAUUGCCUGAACAAUUUAUCGAGGUUUUUCUAAACAUGCCUUUAGAAUUGUGUGAAGGAAGGGAUCCCAAAGGUCUUUACAAACUUGCACGAGCUGGGAAGAUCAAAGGGUUUACAGGAAUAGAUGAUCCGUAUGAACCACCUUUGAAUUGUGAGAUUGAGAUAACCCAAAAGGAUGGAAUGUGCCCGACUCCGAGUGAGAUGGCUGGGCAGGUGGUCUCAUACUUGGAAGACAAAGGAUAUCUUGAAGCUCCAGUGAGCAUGAAAAUUGUUGAAUGACACGCUGAUUGAUGUUUAGGUAACAGAAGGCUGCAGUUGAGAUAUGCUGAAUCCUUAUUUACUUUUCAUUGUUGAAAAAACUAGAAGGGAUCAUUGCCCAGACCAGCCAUGGAAAAGAGCAGCAGUGAUCAAUGGUUUCGACGACGGCUACUUUCACUAUUGAUUCUUGACAGAUCUGUUGGGAUUGGGAUUUCUGUAGCCUAACCUCUUUCACUUCCUCUUUUAUCUUUUUGUUUCGUAUUGAGCCUUUGCUUUCAUCUAUGGCGUCUAAUGCUUGUAUUAACUUCAAUUUUUUUGAGGAACACGGAGAUUUUUUUUUUGCUAGUAAUUCUGUGUUUUAGCAUUUUAGACCAGAGUGUCAACAGUUGUUUCAUCUCUCCUAAUAAGAAUGAUCUCUUUUAGUA